GUCGAGCGAGACGCACCCCACGCACCGCCUCCGCCGGCCGGCCCCCGACACGUGCUCUGCUCCAUGCCACAAGGCCUGCCAUGGACUUCCAGAGUGCAAUGGAGACGUUCGCAGAGGCCUGGGUCGCAGCCAACACCAAGUCGCCGCACCACCCGCAGCCCGUCGCCCUCGCCCACCAACAGGAACAACAGACUCAAGCGAUUUCACUGACCACCAGUCCAAACAGAUCACCAUCUCUGCCGCCUCCAGCGGCACCUCUGCCUCCGCCACCCCCGUCUCGAGGCCCAGAAGCGUCUCCAAUCGUCGGUCAGUCAAUGAGGUCAUCGUCACCUGUGUCCAGAAAGUCCUCCUCUUCCCCUGCCCACCAAAUGUCGUCCAGCGAGUCCAUUCAUGAAGGAAUCAACCUCUCCCCGAACAGCAAAGAGGCCAUGGAAGCCAGAAAAUCUGGUAAAUCGAUACCAGUUCACUGCAUAGUGGAGGUGUUGGUUCCCGAAGACGCAGGCCCACAUCCCAGGCGGAACAGGGUGGUUGUUGAAACCGACAGCUACGCUAUCAUUCCCGUAAUCACACCGUUUGAGGAGCUGGUCCACGUGGCCUUGUACAGGCUUGGCUACCCGCAGGAUUGUGCACACCUGGCCACAGGGUCUGUUGUUAUAAAAAACUGGAAGCCACUGCGUUUGGAUCGAAUCGCAGACAGCCCGCUUCUCACAGUUGGUGACAUCCUUGGCGAACUCACCACCGUCGCAACUUUGCACAUCCAAAUUGUCAAAUCUCGCCAUUCUGCCGUUCUAGACAUCAAGGACAAACUUCUGCGUUUGCUACUGAUGCAGUCCCACAACCUGCUGCUCUCCUCGGGAUGUCCCCUUGAUGAGGUUUCUGCCUGGUUUCAGAGUUUCCUGUCCCAAAUUUGCCGUGGCCAGAGCCCAUCCAUGGAACCCAGUGAAGAGGUGAAGCGUCGUUUUGACCAGUGGCUGGCCAUGCACCAGCAACCUCCGGGCUCGAUGCCCAUCUUGGGCGGUGCCCCUGCAGUCCCUCAACCUCCGCAUCCUUCUCCAUCUCUUCUGGGCCAUCCACCUUCAAUGGCCUCCAUUCCGAGGCCGACCCCUCAUUUUGUGGAUCACCGCAGACUGCCACACUCGCCAUCAAAGUUGGAUUCAUUAGCCCAACACCCAGGCAUGCCGGACCACAUGCACCCAGCACUGCAGACCGUGCAAAGCCAGUAUCCAACGCAAAAGACGCGAAUGCGCACCAGCUUCGAUCCAGAGCUGGAACUGCCCAAGCUGCAGAGGUGGUUCGCCGAGAAUCAACACCCCAGCAGGCACCAGAUUCAACAAUAUGUGAAAGAGCUAAAUGCCCUCGAAUCACGUCGCGGCCGCAAACCCUUGGAUGUCAACAACGUCGUCUACUGGUUCAAAAACGCGCGCGCCGCCCAGAAACGCGCCGAAAUGCGUCUGACCCUGAACGGCUACAGCAACGGCCCCCUCCCCUUGGGCGCCGGACUUAACCCCAACCACCACAUGCACAUGGGAGGGGGAAUGCCCCUGCUUAAGUCACCCCUCAGCCACAACGAUGGCUCCCUCUCGGACGGAGACGACGGGGACAUGCGUAGGUCGCAGCACCCUAUGCAAACCUCCCCUUACUCGUUGGUGACCAGUAGCCGGAACUCGCUGCUGAGUCACCUGACCCGAGGUCGAGAGGACGAGGAGGAGAGCGAUGACGAAGACCUGGAGGAAGAUGACUCCUCCAACCCCACCCCUUCACGAAACUCGGCCAGUCCCCACCAGGCCCACUUGGAACCACCCUCCAGCGAGCCCCUCCAACUCACCUGCAAGGAGGUCACAAAUGACGAGGAUGACAAAGACAUCAAGAAGGAAAACAAGAUGGAAACCUCCUUCAAGGAGGAGAUGUCCGAAGACGAGGAAAGACCCCCAAGUUCAAUGUCCCCACGACCAAACACCGCCCCCAGCAGUCUCAACCCCUCAUCCCCCACCAUCGAGGAGGAGAUUCACCGCCCCACCACUCCGAACUCGGAUUUUGGCCCGGGAGCUUUGGUCCCAAGAACACCAGGGACACCACUUGACCGCGGAUUUCCACUGGUGCCCAACAACAACCUGUUCAGCCACAGCAUCAUGUACAUGAGCCACUACAUCCCUGGCCUCCAACAACACGUCCAGUCAGCGGCCGCCGGCCUCAAUUUGGCCGCCGCCGCAGCUGCCGCCCAACUGGCGGCGGCUGCCUCGGCCGACGACCGCCGAAAGCGCAACCGAACCUUCAUUGACCCUGUGACGGAGGUGCCCAGGUUGGAGCAGUGGUUCAGUCUGAACACCCACCCCUCCCACAACCUGAUCCUCAAGUACACAGAGGAGCUCAAUAGGAUGCCCUACAGGCAGAAAUUCCCCAAGCUUGAGCCCAAAAAUGUGCAGUUUUGGUUCAAGAACCGGAGGGCCAAGUGCAAGAGGCUCAAGAUGUCCCUGUAGUCCUGCUCAACAUUUAUAUAUGAUUCACUUCUGAUUUUUGCUGCUUGCGAUUCUACAAAAUGCCCGUGCUGGAGUGAGAUUUGGAACUCAUCCAUUCCAAGCUUUCUGCAGACUUUUCCCUCUGCCUGUAGAAUGAAGAACCAAUUUAAAGCAAGGAAAUGCGAUCCUUGUUCUGUUGUUGUGAAGUUCCAAAGUGGGCUGAUUACUAUUCUUGCUUCUACUUAAGGUUAUCUGAAUGUAUAGGUUGUGACAAUGGGAAAAAAUCCUCAAUGUAUGGUUGUAAAAAUCUUGCCUGGCUUGUCAACAAUAAGGAGCGAAAUUAACACAGGCAAGCAAAAAAUGGCAUAAUUUAAAAUUACAAAACUUGUUGUUAGACUUUAAAAUGAAAAUACUUGUUGUGGAACAUAAACACACACGUAAUUAUUGCGAAUAUAGAUCUCUGUCGAACCGUUCCAUGUUAUUGAAAUCAAAUAUAGGUCGCGUAUAAAUAUAUAUUACAAUAUUGAAAAUAAUAAAACUUGACGAGAGAUAUGCAUACAAUAAAAUAAUAAAACAAACCGAACCGCUUGUACAUAUACUCACCCAUUAUUGAAAUACAAAAGACACUUCAAGCACAUUGAUAUUCAAGCGAGCUACUUAUUUUGUGACGCAAUUGUGGGUUAUUUAAGAAAAUUACACAAUGAUCUUUCCUCACUUUUUUAGCAAAAAUUUAUUGCUUGAAAUACACAUAGGUUGAUUUUUAAAAAGUUCAUGUUCAAAGUAAGUCACAGAAGAUAAUUAAUUUAUAAUUGUGAUAUUAUGUAGGUUCUUAUAUAAAUAUGAUUAGUUUGGAUGAAAUGCGUUCCAGAAGAUUCCUGUUUUAAAAAAUUGUUCUGUUUUUAUUGCGCCGAUUGAUUGAGUUUUAUUAUACAAUUGGUUUCUUUCUCCACCGUUCCAGUUGUUUGCUAUUAUAAGUUUCGACCUCAAGUUGUUUUCCUUAAUGUUAUAGCUGUGUGCACAUACGUUAAAUGUAAAGAAAAAAUAAUGAAAAGAAUGUAUAUCAACAAUAAAAAAUAAGA